GCGGGGCAGCCAUGCUCCUGUCCGGGGGCGACCCCCCGGCGCAGGAAUGGUUCAUGGUGCAGACAAAAUCGAAGCCUCGGGUGCAGCGGCAGCGUCUGCAAGUGCAGCGCAUCUUCAGGGUCAAGCUCAAUGCCUUCCAGAGCCGCCCAGACACCCCCUACUUCUGGCUGCAGCUCGAGGGGCCCCGGGAGAACAUGGGCAAAGCCAAGGAGUAUCUGAAGGGACUGUGCAGCCCGGAGCUGUGGAAGGAAGUUCGCUACCCGCCGAUCCUGCACUGUGCCUUCCUCGGGGCCCAGGGCCUCUUCUUGGACUGCCUCUGCUGGAGCACCCUGGCCUACCUGGUGCCCGGCCCCCCUGGCUCCCUGAUGGUGGGUGGGCUGACUGAGUCUUUCGUCAUGACCCAGAACUGGUUGGAGGAGCUGGUGGGACGGCUGCGCUGGGGCCCUGCUCCUCUGCUGACCCCUCGGGGGAUCUGGGAGGCUGAGGUGACCCGGGCUUUUGGGGCCCUGGUCUGGAUCCGUGGUGACCAGCAUGCAGGCGACCUGCUGCAGCUGCCCCCAGCAGUCCAGGAGCUGUUGCUGAGCCUGGUGCGGGAUGCCGCGGGUAAGGAGGACAUCAUCCAGUGGCUGAGCCGCUUCGGCAUCUCUAACACCCACUCCAACCCGGAGGUCCUGAUCUGCCCUCCACAGCAGAAGAAGGAGGGCUCAGCCGUGGUGUCCAUGGGAGAGAGUCCUGGGCACUUUCUGGAUGUGGGGACCCCCAAGAAUGGGGGCCUAGACAAAUCAAAGAGAAUAAGCAGCGUAGGAGCCACCAGGGCCCUGGUCCCAGCCCAGAGCACACAGCAGGAGACGGCAGCCCAGCUGGUACGGGUCGUUUCCAACAACCAAGGUGGUACGGACAGUGCUCGGGAGGAAGGGCCGGUGCAAGCCACCAGCAGCCAGGACUCUGCGAACCACACGAAAGCUUUGUUGCAGCAAAGACAGGUCCAGAGAGUAGAAGAUAAAUCCUCCUUCCAACCUCCGGUAUCAGCCCUGGGUGUAUGCCCACCCUGGAAGGCCUGGACCCCAGGACAAGCCUUUGGGCCCUUGUGGCCAGGGGCUAUUGCUGCAACCUUCUGGAGGAUCAAUGAGCUGCAUUCUCUCCACCUGGCCUGGCUCUUGUCCCAGGCGUACUUCAAUUUCCCCUUCUGGCAGAGGCCGCUGGGCCCCAUUCAGUUAAAGCUGCCAGGGCAGAAUCCUUUGCCCUUAAAUCUAGAGUGGAAGCAGAAGGAGCUGGCUCCUCUACCCUGUGCAGAAAGCCCAGCUUGUAGACCUGAUGGGGGGCUGGGAAGAGAGGCAGCCCUACAGAGUUGCCUGAGGACAGAGACUCCCCCCAAAGUCAUGAGUUUACUGGUAGUCCCUGGGGGCUCGGGUGUAAAGGGCAAAGUUAGCCCAGGACUUCCACAGAUAGGGCCACCCUUGACCUCUACAUCCCAACUACAAACCGGAGGUGAGCCAGGAGAUCAAGGAGGUAUGCAGUUGGAUUGUAAGGGGCUGGAAGAGGGACCCUCUCCAACACUGCCCAUGGGGGAAGAGAUGCCCGUAGCUCAAGAGAAGCCCAUGACUCAAGGGGAGCUAACAGCUUGGUCCGUACCUGAAGCUCAAACAGUGCCUGAAACUUUCAAAGUGCCCGUGGCAGCAGCUGUGCCCAAAGCUGAAAACCCGUCCAGAACUCAAGUGCUGCCUGCAGCUCCUGAAGUGCCUACAGUCCAAAGGAUGCCGGCAGUGCACGCAGAGCCUGCAGCUCCCCAAGUGCCUUCCGCUCCAGCAAAGCCAGCAGCUCAAGGGGUGGCCACAGCUCAAAAAGCAGCCACGGGUCAACUGGCAUCGACGACUCAAGUGGUGCCCACAACUCCAAAAACUCCCAUGGCUCAGAGGAUGCCAGUAGCCAAAACAUCACCUGCAAGUCCCAAAACACCAAAAUCUCAAACUGGGCUUGCAGCUGAAACAGAGUCUGCAGCUCCCAAACUCUCCAGAGCUCCCAAAACUCCUGCAGCUCGGAAGGAGUCCACAGAUGCAGGGCUGACCUUGGAUGUAGCCAAACUUCUGAGCGAGGUCCAGCCUUUGGCAAGGGGUAGUGCUUCCCUACCGAAGGGCCGUGGGGAGGCUGGGAAGCAGGGUCCCCAGCCCAACAGCACCUCAGCCCUCAGCGGUAAACACCCAUCUCAAGUGGAGGGGCUCCUGGGGCCUUGGGAGGGGGCCCCGAGGCAGCCGCCUCGCCACCUACAGGCGAACAGUACAGUGACCAGCUUCCAGAGAUACCAUGAGGCUCUGAAUACACCCUUCGAGCUGAACCUGUCGGGGGAACCUGGGAACCAGGAGUUGCGGCGAGUGGUCAUUGAUGGCAGCAGCGUGGCCAUGGUGCAUGGCCUCCAGCACUUCUUCUCCUGCCGAGGCAUUGCCAUGGCAGUACAGUUUUUCUGGAACCGGGGACACCGAGAGGUCACUGUGUUUGUACCCACCUGGCAGCUGAAGAAGAACCGGAGGGUGAGAGAGAGCCACUUUCUGACGAAGCUACACUCGCUCAAGAUGCUUUCAAUCACCCCCUCCCAGCUUGAGAACGGCAAGAAGAUCACCACCUACGAUUAUAGGUUCAUGGUCAAACUGGCAGAGGAGACAGAUGGCAUCAUUGUCACCAAUGAGCAGAUUCACACUCUGAUGAAUAAUUCCAAGAAACUGAUGGUCAAAGAUCGCUUGCUGCCUUUCACCUUUGCGGGGAAUCUCUUCAUGGUACCAGAUGACCCCCUGGGCCGUGAUGGCCCUACCUUGGAUGAGUUUCUGAAGAAGCCAAACAGGUUGGACACCGACAUUGGCAACUUCCUAAAGGUGUGGAAGACCCUUCCUCCCAGCUCAGCCUGCAUCUCGGAGUUAAAUGACGAGGUUGACGUUGGGCCCCCGGAGUGUUCAAAGAAUGUGGCAGAAAUCAGGGAGCAGAAGGAGGAGAGGCAGGAUGAGGUGCACAGAGGGGGGCAGGACAUGUGGAAGCUGGCCGAAGAGGACAACCUCGACGCUUCUCUGGCAUCAGUGUUCAGAGUAGAGUGUCCUUCCCUUUCCGAGGAGAUCCUCCGGUGCCUCAGCCUCCAUGACCCUCCUGACGGGGCCCUGGACAUCGAUCUCCUGCCAGGGGCGGCUUCUCCCUACUUGGGCAUCCCCUGGGAUGGGAAGGCUCCCUGCCAACAGGUUCUGGCCCACCUGGCCCAGCUAACCAUCCCCAGCAACUUCACCGCGCUCUCCUUCUUCGUGGGGUUCAUGGACUCCCACCAGGAUGUCAUCCCCGACUACGAAGCCCUUGUGGGCCCCCUGCACAGCCUCCUCAAGCAGAAGCCGGACUGGCAGUGGGACCGGGAGCAUGAGAAGGCCUUCCUGGCCUUGAAGCGGGCCCUGGUGUCCGCCCUCUGCCUGACGGCCCCCAACUCCCAGCUGCCCUUCCUCCUGGAGGUGACAGUGAGCCAGGUGGCGCUGACGGCCAUCCUGCAUCAGGAGCACUCAGAGAGGAAGCACCCCAUAGCCUAUACCUCAAAACCCCUCCUCCCCGACGAGGAGAGCGAGGGCCCCCAGUCAGGGGGAGACAGCCCCUACGCCGUGGCCUGGGCCCUCAAGCAUUUUUCACGCUGCAUCGGAGACACCCCGGUGGUCCUAGACCUCUCGUAUGCCUCCCGGACCACCGUGGACCCUGAGGCUCCGGAGGGCCGCCGGGUUUCCAAAGCCUGGUUGAUCCGAUGGUCCCUCUUGGUACAGGACAAAGGCAAAAGGGCCCUGGAAUUGAGCCUCCUCCAGGGCCUGCUGGGGGAAAACCGACUGCUGACGCCUGCCUCCUCGAUGCCUCGAUUCUUCCAGGUUCUGCCUCCUUUCUCUGACCUGUCCAUGUUUGUCUGUAUCCACAUGUCGGGCUAUUGCUUCUACCGCGAGGAUGAGUGGUGUGCUGGCUUUGGUCUCUAUGUUCUGUCUCCCACCAGCCCCCCUGUCUCUCUCUCCUUCUCCUGCUCUCCUUACACGCCGACCUACGCCCACCUGGCAGCCGUGGCCUGCGGCCUGGAGCGCUUUGGCCAGUCUCACCUCCCAGUGGUGUUUCUCACCCACUGCAACUGGAUCUUCAGCCUCCUCUGGGAGCUGCUGCCCCUCUGGAGGGCUCGGGGCUUCCGCUCCUCCGAUAGGGCUCCACUACCUCACCCGAGCCUGCUCUCCUACAUUAUAUCCCUCACCUCCGACCUCUCCUCCCUUCCGUUUAUCUACCGAACCUCCUACCGGGGCUCUCUGUUUGCUGUGACAGUGGACACCCUGGCCAAGCAGGGUGCCCAGGGGGGCGGGCAGUGGUGGAGUUUGCCCAAGGAGGUGCCAGUCCCUGUAGUGACUCCCCAUACCAUGGGCAAGAGGCCCAACUUGCUGGCAUUACAGCUGGGCGACAGCACCCUGGCUGAGAUCAUUGCCAAGCUGCAGGCUGGGCAGAAGCUAUCUGGCUCCUCCCCCUUUAGUUCUGCCUUUAACUCCCUCAGCCUAGACAAGGAGAGUGGCCUGCUUAUGUUCAAGGGCGAUAAGAAGCCCCGGGUCUGGGUGGUCCCCACGCAACUCCGGAGGGAUCUGAUUUUCUCUGUGCAUGACAUCCCCUUGGGAGCCCACCAGAGGCCCGAGGAGACGUACAAGAAACUGCGGCUGCUGGGGUGGUGGCCCGGGAUGCAGGAGCAUGUGCGAGAUUACUGCAGGAGCUGUUUGUUCUGCAUUCCCCGGAACCUCAUAGGCAGCGAGAUGAAGGUUAUCGAGUCUCCGUGGCCCCUCAGGUCGACCGCCCCCUGGUCGAACCUGCAGCUCGAGGUGGUGGGCCCGGUCACCAUAAGCGAGGAGGGCCACAAGCACGUGCUGAUUGUGGCUGACCCUAACACCAGGUGGGUGGAGGCGUUCCCCCUGAAGCCCUACACGCACAUGGCUGUGGCCCAGGUGCUGCUUCAGCAUGUCUUUGCAAGGUGGGGCGUUCCUGUGAGGCUGGAGGCAGCCCAGGGCCCGCAGUUUGCCCGGCACGUCCUGGUGAGCUGCGGGCUGGCUCUGGGGGCCCAGGUGGUCUCCUUGAGUAGGGACCUCCAGUUCCCCUGCCUGACAAGCUCAGGGGCAUACUGGGAAUUCAAGAGGGCCCUCAAGGAGUUCAUCUUCUUGCAUGGCAAGAAAUGGGCAGCCUCCCUGCCCCUGCUGCACCUGGCCUUCAGGGCCUCCUCCGCCGAGGCCACACCCGUCCAGGUCCUGACCGGGGGCGAGGUGAGGCUGACUAAGCCCCUGUGGUGGGAGAUGAGCAGUGCAAACAUCGAAGGGCUCAAGAUGGAUGUCUUCCUGCUGCGGCUGGUGGGGGAGCUGCUGGAGCUUCACUGGAGGGCAGCGGACAAGGCAGGUGAGAAGGCUGAGAAUCGGCGCUUCAGGCAGGAGAGCCAGGAGAAGGAAUGGAAUGUGGGCGACCAGGUCCUCUUGCUGUCCCUCCCCAGGAACGGCAGCAGUGCCAAAUGGGUGGGUCCCUUCUACAUCGGGGACCGGCUGAGCCUGUCUCUCUAUAGAGUGUGGGGCUUCCCAACCCCAGAGAAGCUGGGGUGCAUCUAUCCCAGCAGUAUGAUGAAGGCGUUUGCCAAGAGCGGCACCCCCCUGUCUUUCAAGGUCUUGGAGCAGUGAGCAGGAGCAGCGGGGGAGCCCCCUGCCCCAGGGGUCCUGGGUUGCUGCUGCUAGGCCUCCCCCUGCCCCAGCAGUGCUCUCAGCCCCUUGGGGGGGCUCAGUUGUGCCUUUUGUAGAGAAGUUGCUUCAUAAAAGACUUUGCUGAAUUGCCUUGAACUGAGGACCAGCAUCUCUAUGGAAACAUUCCCAAUUUGGGGUACUUGGAGAAUCUGCCAAAGGCUGUCAGAUACGAGCCUCUGGCAGUUUGACACUGGGAGUAGAGUCCCUCUGCUAAGGUAGGCCAAGCUCAGUGUCUUUUCCCCAAGUAUCUUCUUUCCCCCUUUGCACACAUGCAGGUGUGUGGUGGCCUGUGUA